AUGGCAGGGAUAUCAUUCCAUCUGCUGUUCCAAAUAUAUGUAUGGUCCAUGCACGUACAGCGGAAAAGCUGCUUCCCUCCUCAGUCCCCACACACAGAUCCGUUGCUGCUGCCAAAAGCAGUCUGUGCCUUGAGAUUCACUAGUGGAGGCCAGUGGCUGGUUGCCCCUCUGAUGAAGCCAUCAGAGGGACAGGAACCAGGAAACCACACUCUGUUGACCACAUUUGUCCUCUCUGGAGGGUCCAGCAACCCAGGACUGCAGUCCUUGCUGUUCUUCACAUUCUGCUUAAUUUACAUCAUCACCAUCACUGGAAACCUUCUCACUCUCAUGGUCACACUGCAUCCCACCCUCCACACACCCAUGUACUUCUUCCUCCGGGUCCUGUCUUUCCUGGAUAUUUCCACAGCAUCUGUUGUUGUCCCCCAGAUGCUGGUAAACUUCCUAUCAGGGGACAGGAGCAUUUCCUACCUGGGCUGUGCCAUGCAGCUCUACUGUGUGAUUUUCUUAGGAUCUACUGAAUGUUACCUUUUGGCAGCCAUGGCUUAUGAUCGUUACGUGGCCAUCUGCAACCCCCUUAGAUACACAGUGAUCAUGAAGAGCAGAGUUUGUCAUUGCUUGGUCCUGUUCUCAUGCUGCAGUGGCAAUGUGGUGUCUGUAGUGCAGACAGUGUGGGUGUUCACGUUGCCAUUCUGUGGGCCCAAAAAGAUUAACUCCUUCUUCUGUGAUAUUCCCCCACUCAUUACACUCUCCUGCACCGACACCUCUUUGUAUGAAAAGCAGGUCAUUACAGCCACAGUGCUGGUCAUCUUGACACCCUUUUGUCUCAUCAUCCUAUCCUAUGGCUGCAUCAUUUUGAGCAUUUUGAAGAUUUCCUCCUCAGAAGGCAGACACAAGACCUUCUACAAAUGUUCCUCACACCUAAUUGUUGUCAUAUUGUACUAUGGAGGUACGAUCUUGAUUUACUUAAGGCCGAAAGCCAGUUACUCUCAAGAUGUUAAGAAAUUUCUGCCUCUCAUAUACACAGCCAUAAUUCCUAUGUUAAACCCCCUGAUUUACAGUCUAAGGAAUAAAGAUGUGAAAGAAGUACUCAUCAGAAGGAUGGCUGACAUGAUGAAGAAAGAAAUCUUUUCUUGUCCAUGA